UUGACCGCGCCACCACCCCAAAUCCGAACAUCUCUCCCCUAUUUAAAAAGCCCCUUUUUUCCCCCAAACCAUAUCCAUUUUCCACCAAGCUUUCUCUCACUAAAAUUAUAAAUCAAAAAUUCCGCCGCCUGUUUCUAGAGAGAGAGAGAGAAUCGAAAAUGGCGAUGAAGGAGAAGGCGGAGGCCAGCGCCAAGGCGAAUUCGAAGGAGGUGCACUACCGCGGGGUGCGCAAGCGCCCCUGGGGCCGCUACGCCGCCGAGAUCCGCGACCCGGGGAAGAAAUCGCGCGUCUGGCUCGGCACCUUCGACACCGCCGAGGAGGCCGCGCGCGCCUACGACGCCGCCGCCCGCGACUUCCGCGGCGCGAAGGCGAAGACGAAUUUCCCCUCCUCCGCCGCGGCCGUGCGCAGCCCCAGCCAGAGCAGCACCGUCGAGUCCUCCAGCGCCGAUCUGGCCGCGCGCGCUCCGAUCGUCGAGCUCGAUCUCACGCGCCGCCUCGGCGCGGCGCCGGAUCGGAGCGUGACCGUCGCGGAUCCGGCUCCGAUCGGAGGAUUCCGGUUUUUCCGGCGGAUGGCGGUGCUUCCGAACGGGCAGCCGGUGAUCCUCUUCGAUCCGGCGAUGGCGGCGGCGGCGUACCGGAUGAGCGCGGCGGGGUACGGCGGAGGAGGAGGCGGAGUGAAGAGGAGCGAUUCCGACACCUCGUCGGUGGUGGAUGAGAACAAUUUUGACGGAGGGGAGGGGAAGAGGGGGCUGGAUCUGGAUCUGAACAUGCCGCCGCCGGUGGAGGUGUGAGUUCCGGCGAGGAAGGUUCUAGAAAAAUUAGAUCGGAGCUGAGGGAGGAAAUUGAAAUUGACGUCUGAUUUUAAAUUUUUGUAUAUAUAUUUAAAAUUAAAAAAAUGGAGCCCUUGUUUUUUGCAGCUGAGAGAGUGUGAUUUCUCUGGUUGUUUCCACCGCCGGCGGCGGAUGUUAGGGUUUUGGUGGAUUAAUUAAUUAAUUAAUUCCGGUUUUUGUAAUUUUGAAAAGAAAAAAAAAUGAUGAUGAUGAAAUUCGUGUUAGCUCAUUCAAUUUUGAA